CGCUGCGGGCGGAAGUGUAUGGAUUGACCCGGAAGUGAACUGCCUGGGCCAGAGCUGGAGACAGGAGGAAAAUGCCUCUACCGGUGCAAGUGUUCAACCUCCAGGGCGCCGUUGAACCCAUGCAGAUCGAUGCCGACCCUCAAGAUGAACAGCAGAAUGUUCCAGACAUCAACUAUGUAGUGGAAAAUCCAACACUGGAUCUGGAGCAGUACGCUUCCUGUUACAGUGGCCUCAUGCGUAUAGAGAGAUUACAGUUCAUCGCAGAUCACUGCCCGCAGCUGCGAGUCGAGGCUCUGAAAAUGGCUUUGUCCUUUGUUCAGAGAACAUUUAAUGUGGACGUGUAUGAGGAGAUUCAUCGGAAAUUGUCUGAGGCUUCCAGGGAAUUACAAAAUGCCCCAGAUGCAGUGCCCGAGGGCUCAAUGGAACCUCCACCCCUGGACACUACGUGGGUGGAAGCAACACGCAAAAAGGCUCUUCUAAAACUCGAGAAACUAGACACUGAUCUGAAGAAUUACAAAGGGAAUUCUAUCAAGGAAAGCAUCCGGAGGGGUCAUGAUGAUUUAGGAGAUCAUUACUUGGACUGUGGGGAUCUGAGCAAUGCUUUAAAAUGCUACUCGCGAGCCCGGGACUACUGUACCAGUGCCAAGCAUGUCAUCAACAUGUGCCUAAAUGUCAUCAAGGUCAGCGUUUACCUCCAGAACUGGUCCCAUGUCCUCAGUUAUGUUAGUAAAGCGGAAUCAACUCCUGAAAUUGCAGAGCAAAGGGGAGAACGAGACAGCCAAACCCAAGCUGUACUGACAAAACUAAAAUGUGCUGCUGGUUUAGCAGAAUUAGCUGCUCGCAAAUAUAAACAAGCAGCAAAAUGCUUCCUACUAGCGUCUUUCGAUCACUGUGACUUUCCCGAGCUUCUUUCAUCCAGUAAUGUUGCUGUGUACGGGGGACUUUGUGCUUUAGCCACUUUUGAUCGUCAAGAGCUUCAGCGAAAUGUCAUCUCUAGCAGCUCUUUCAAGCUGUUUCUGGAGCUGGAACCUCAGGUCCGAGACAUUAUCUUUAAAUUCUAUGAGUCUAAGUAUGCUUCGUGUUUGAAGAUGCUGGAUGAAAUGAAGGAUAACCUCCUUCUUGAUAUGUACCUAGCACCUCACGUCCGGAUAUUAUACACUCAGAUCCGGAACAGAGCCUUAAUUCAGUAUUUCAGCCCGUACGUCUCUGCAGAUAUGUACAAAAUGGCAAUAGCAUUCAACACUACCGUGUCUGCACUGGAAGAUGAAUUGACUCAGCUCAUCCUAGAAGGGUUAAUAAACGCACGUAUCGACUCACACAGCAAGAUCCUGUACGCGAGAGAUGUCGACCAACGUAGCACAACGUUUGAGAAAUCUUUGCAAAUGGGACGAGAAUUCCAAAGAAGAGCCAAAGCUAUGAUUUUGCGUGCCGCUGUCCUGCGUAAUCAGAUCCACGUGAAGUCUCCUCCAAGGGAAGGAAGUCAAGGAGAGCUGACACCGGCUAACAGUCAAACCCGACUCAGCACCAACAUGUGACCGCGUCACUAGCCAGCCCUCUGCCACCUUCACCAAACAGCGUGGCCAGACUAUCCCCCAGAGACAUGUGACAUGCUCCACCUGCUUGCGUCACCUUCCAAUAGGCUUUCCUGUGUGUGUGAGCUUGUCAGGAGCUGCAUGACUUCUGUCUCCUCGGUUUCAUUUUAUUGGACAUGACCCACUGGUUGUCUGCAGUGGAAUUAGACAAGUAGUGAUCCAACGCUGAUCUCUCCCGGUAGUGGCAGCACAUUUCAGGACAGGGAAAGGAUUGUGGGAUUCUACACUGCAAAGAGGGCAGUCACAUUAUCAUUUAUUUUCCCUCAUUGUAUUUCUGGGUUUAACCGCUCAUGUGCCAGACACCAUCUUGCUCUCUUCUGUCUACCUCUAUAAACUCGCUUCUACUUUCAGCCACUCUGCCUCUUAUCCUUUCUCUCUUUAUUAUCCCCUGACAUUGCUAUCUUCCACUAUAGUUUAAAUCUCUACCUUCCUUUUUCCAUCUGUUGCUUCUUUCUCU